AUGGAUAUUUGGAAGACAGGCUCAAGUACCAUAGCAAAUAUUUUUUACCGCUAUGGAGACUUAAAAAAUCUUACAUUUGCUCUUCCGGGCGCUACAUUACUAGGAUGGCCAAAGAGAUUCCAAGUCUACUUUCCUUUUCGUUUGCAAGACAAAACACCAGACAUCCUGUGCAAUCACGCUAGAUUCAACAAAAAACACAUGAACUGGCUUUUUCCCAAAACAACCAGCAAGUACGUGACCAUUCUUCGGAAUCCAGUGGACAAUUUUGAGUCAGCGUUUAGAUACAUGAAUUUGGGAGGACGUAUUGGCAUGGGGGAUGAUCCCGAAUCCUUGAAAAAGUUCCUAACACAUGGAAUUUCAUUUACCACAAUGCGUCAAAAGGGAGAGCCCCUUAUCAGAAAUCCCCUCAUGUUUGACUUAGGAUUUAGUUUUAAGUAUUACCAGAACAUCACAGCUGUAAAUGAGUACAUUAGAUUCCUGGAAAAAGAGUUUGAUUUGGUCAUGGUAAUGGAUUACUUUGAUGAAUCAUUGGUGUUGAUGAAACGACUGCUUUGCUGGGAAAUUGAAGACAUUUUGUAUUUGAAACUGAACGAAAGACAAGAUAACGAAAAGGGUACAAUACUGACAUCGGAUGUGAGAGAAAAUAUCAAACGAUGGAACAGAGCCGAUGUUCUUUUGUUUGAAUAUUUUAAUCAGUCACUCUGGAUUAAGAUUGAAAACGAAGGAGAAAAUUUUUAUGAAGAACUGGCCUCUUUUCGUAAACGAAGGCGCGAACUACAAAGUACGUGUGUGAGAAAUGAAACGCGUCUAGAAACAGUGUAUAAUGGAAAGACCGUGAAAGGCUAUUUUCUUAGAGAAGGACUGCCGAAAGAAUUGAAAGCAUUUUGCGGAAAACUCACAAGAACUUCUAAUAGCUAUCUUAGAUACUUACGAAAGAAGCACGAGGACAGAGUAGCCGACGAAGUCAAAGAGGACGAGGAGAGCUGGGACCUAUCAACAGAUCUGUUUUAUGAUCCCGUUGAACUGGAAGUAUAUUCCAAGAAAGAUAUUUUAAAAAAGCCCAUGGAUUAA